UCCUCCACACACUGCUAGCUUCUGCUGUUGAGAGUGCUGCAAGUGCAAAGUAGCGGUGCAGACGUUAGAUAGACUGACAACCUUUGAAGUCCCCGCUUGUUUUCAGUGCUCCCGUGUUAACUUUAAUUCGAUUGUACUUUCUGAUCCGAAUACCAUUUUAAUGUUACGUGUCUUACUGGUAACGGCUUUUGGUAAUUCGACAAUCGCUGCACAAGUCAUCCUUCACAUACGUUUCAGGUAGCAAUUUUCUACAUCCCCGUGUUUGAGUAAAAUAGCGUGAAUCGCCGCUGGGAAUAGCCUACAGCUCGCGGGCUACUGUUAUCCAUCUGAAGACUCGGGGAUGCUGAAAGUCACCAUGCCCUCGCCCAGACCAGGGGCUGCUUCGGAAUACUGGAUAGACGGCUCAAAAAAGGAGACAUUGGCGGACUACUAUGAGCUGGAGUCUGAACUGGGACGGGGAGCCACGUCCGUGGUCUUCCGAUGCCGGCAGAAAGGAACGCAGAAGCCGUAUGCAGUUAAAUCGCUGAAGAAGACAGUUGACAAGAAGAUUGUGCGAACAGAGAUAGGAGUUUUACUUCGACUUUCCCAUCCAAACAUCAUUAAAUUGAAAGAGAUCUUUGAGACCCCAGCUGAAAUCAGUCUGGUUUUGGAGCUGGUCACUGGAGGAGAGUUAUUUGACAGGAUUGUGGAGAAGGGUUAUUACAGUGAACGUGAUGCUGCAGAUGCUGUCAAACAAAUACUGGAAGCAGUGGCGUACCUGCAUGAACACGGCGUGGUGCACCGUGACCUGAAGCCUGAGAACCUCCUGUAUGCCACUCCCGCACCCGACGCCCCUCUCAAAAUCGCUGAUUUUGGCCUGUCAAAAAUUGUGGAUGACCAGGUCACAAUGAAGACCGUGUGUGGGACUCCAGGGUACUGUGCUCCUGAGAUUUUGCGGGGAUGUGCUUAUGGGCCUGAAGUGGACAUGUGGUCUGUGGGAGUCAUUACGUACAUCUUAUUGUGCGGCUUCGAGCCCUUCUUUGACGACAGGGGAGACCAGUACAUGUUCAAGAGGAUUCUGAAUUGUGACUAUGAGUUUGUCUCCCCCUGGUGGGAUGAUGUAUCUCUUAAUGCCAAGGAUCUGGUGAAGAAGCUGAUUGUUCAGGAUCCAAAGAAGCGUCUGACAACCCUGCAGGCACUGGAGCACCCCUGGGUGACUGGGAAGGCAGUUAAUUUUGCCCAUAUGGACACCGCCCAGAAGAAGCUCCAGGAGUUCAAUGCUCGCCGCAAGCUCAAGGCAGCCGUGAAGGCCGUGGUAGCCUCCACCAGGCUGGGCAGUGCCGGCAGUCACGGCAGCAGUGACAGCAGCAAGAACAGCUGUAGCCACUCUCCCAUCCAGGAGGGGGCACCUGAGGGCCGUCCGCAGGAAGACCAGCAGCAGACCCAUGAGGAGAACUCCUAGGCCUCUCCUCGGUCCUCCUCCACGCCCAAGGCCAGAAGCCCUUGCACUGGAGGCACCCUCAUCCCAUGGGACAGCUGAACGGUGGACUCUACCGGUGCAAAAAUAACUGCUGUGUCACAUUUCUUGGACUGGGAGCAGUGAUGGCCUCUCACAGAUUUUAUUGCAUGUGACUGUUUAUCAAUUAUGAAAUGCUACCCGCACGAGACUGCGCAACGUGACUCGGCACAGUGUCAUUACAUGCCAACAAGUAUUUGAAAACUGCGUGAAGCUGAAACUUCCCCCUGAAAAAGCCUGUUUCCUAGGCUACAGUGAGGAGCUUCAUUGACAUAGAUGUCUCUUCUUUCAGCUUUUUGUGAUGAUUGCAUUUUAGUAGAGUUUACAGUAGUUUACAUUAUUUUUUAUUUAGCUAAUUAUGACAUCAUAUCUUCUUAUGUACAACAAAACAUUCUAGGACAGAAGCUGAUUGUUCAUUAUGAAUACCAUACCAUUUUGCUUUGGUAGAACCAAGAUACUUUAAAUGUUUACAGAACUUCUUUAGAUUUAUAUGCAAAGUACAUUCCAUUAGAAUAACAGAUGGAAGACAAUUUCCGAAAUGGCCAUAAAUUGUAACUUUACCAGAUCUUGUAAAGAGAAUGCCUUAUUGUAUCUUAUUCACUGGUUUAUACAAUUUAUGAGAGACAAGUGUUUCCUAUCUUGUUGACUAUUAGACUAUAAAAGCAUGGGGAAAAUACAUGCUUUGCACAAGUAUGAGGAGCCAUCCAUGUACAAUGCAGAAUAUCAUCCAAGUUCAUAAAAAUAUCUGCAAGUUUUGGCAUAAAGGACAGUUUACUUUUCUAUACCAAAACACCCAGUUUACAAUUUAGAAGUACUGGUCCCCAGUUUCUACUGGGGAACAGAUAAGUAUGUCAACCGAAUAAUCAGCAUUAGUGCCAAAUACACUUGCUCUUAAAGACUGUAUUGCUUUUUUAAAAAUUUGGUUCAAUGGAAAUGUACCUCCCCUACCCAUAUGUUAAUAUAACUAUACAUAGAGUUUGUUAAUGUGUGAAAAUAUUUAAUUAAAUAUUUAGUUUAUUAAUAUCUAUUACUGGCUAUUGGGCUGAAUCUAUCAUAACAGGCAGCUUUCGAAAAAGAAAUGUAUGUUUAUAGCAUAUUUGUAAAAGAAAAAAGAAAUUGCUGUUUUUUGACCUGAGCAAUGUACUCAUCAGCAUGUUUGUUUGUUUUUAAUUCUAGCAUCAGGGAAUGUCAUGGAACAGGUGUUUUUGGUUCCUUUUUCCCCUCUCAGUUAGUGGCUAGUUAAAGCCAGGGGAUAAAAGAAGAGAAGGCAAGAUGGCUGUUUUGCAUGUGGGAAUGUUAAACUGCUGCAGUAGUCUUUCAAUAAUGCACUAUAUUUUAUGGAUGUACAUGUAUGAGAAAGUCUUUGUUAAACACUGUACAGUGUUGGCGGCCACCUGUAGGCCAUAUAAUAUAUUAUAGGGUCAGUUUUGUAUAUUUAAAAGGGACAUCCUGACACUUUAAACAGGUUUGACAUCAGAGAAUAUAAUGUUUAAAAGACAAUUAUUUUAGAUGGCUUAUAAAGGAGGAUACCCUCAGAUUACACACUAGUUGUUGAGCAGAGAAGAUUUUACUGGGGUCGUGUAAUGCAGAUGGAUCUAGAGGCUGAGGUUUGGCAAGACCAUGCCCACUUUAACCGGACUCGUGAAGAGUUUGUCACAGUGUUUAUAGAUGGUAAGUACACAAAUGUAUCACCUCAAAAUAGUUAAGGUUAAUGUCCUUUUUAUUACAUAACCUAGUUUAAAAUGGCUGGAUUUCCCUUUUGUAUAUCGGUUUGUAUAUCAGUAUGUUUCUGUAUUCAAGGGAACAUUUGAAAAUGCGUGUAAAAACACAAAUGGUAAUUUGAAAUGGUAUUUAAUAGGAUUGGUUUGGUCUGUAUUCAAUCAUUAAAAAAUAAACAAGUAAAUAAACAAAAA